GUAGCCAUCCUCUCCGGUGGUGGAUCAGGUCACGAACCUGCCCAUGCAGGUUUUGUCGGUGAAGGUUUUCUCGAUGCAGCUGUAUGCGGGAACGUUUUCGCCUCACCAAACGUCGCUCAGAUCCGAAGGGGUAUACAUCAUGUAACAGGAGAGAAAGGAGCGUUGUUGGUUGUUAAGAAUUAUACGGGUGAUGCUCUACAUUUCGGUUUAGCUGCGGAACAACAUAAAAGUGCCGGGUUACCGGGUGAUGUAAGAGUGGUAAUGGUCGGUGAUGAUGUUGCUGUUGGUAGAGAACAAGGAGCUAUUGUAGGAAGGCGUGGUCUUGCUGGUACUAUCUUAGUAUACAAAAUCGCCGCUGCUCUUUCUUCCACAGGCGCUUCUCUCGAUUCCGUUGAAUCCAUUGCUAAAUACAUUUCAACCCGUCUUGCAACCCUCGGUGUCGGAUUAGAACAUUGUCAUGUACCCGGUACACGUUCUUCCGAAGCUCAUCUAGGACCAGAAGAAGUAGAAUUAGGUAUGGGAAUUCAUAACGAACCUGGAACCUCACGAAUUUCUCUUCCAACAGUUUCCAAAUUGAUCGAUACAAUGUUAAGUAAAAUCACCGAUACUACCGAUCCUGAUCGUUCUUUCGUUCCUUUUAAUGGUAAAGGAGAUGAAGUGGUACUCAUGGUCAAUUGUCUUGGAGGGAUUAGUGAAUUAGAAAUGGGUGGGAUCACUCAAGAAGCUAUUUCAUGGUUGAAAGAGAAAAAUAUAAAAGUAAAAAGAGUUUUCUCAGGAACAUAUAUGACUUCACUCAAUAUGCCUGGGUUCAGUUUAACUUUAUUGUUACUUCCUAAAGAAGGAGAAGAGUAUGGGACGGAAGAGAUUUUGAAAUUGUUGGAUGCACCGGCUAACGCUCCGGGUUGGAGAUGGACAAGUGGGAAAGAACCUGGAGAAAUGAGUGAGAAAGAGAUACAUGUGGAGGUGAAAAAAGGUGAAGAGGUGAUUGUUGCUCGUGAGUAUCGGUUUGAUUUCUCCACCUGGCACCUUGAAGAAUUCUUAGCCGCCAUUAUCCGAGCAUGUAAAUCACUCAUCGAAGCCGAACCAGAACUCACCAAACAAGAUCAAAUAGCAGGUGAUGGUGAUGCCGGUUUGACUCUUGAAGCGGGUGCAAAGGGAGUUUUGAAAGCUAUAGAAGAAGGGAAAUUAAAAGGAGAGAAUGUGGUAGAAGAUAUCGGUGUGAUAGCUGAAGUAGUAGAGGAAGAAAUGGGUGGAACUUCCGGAGCUUUAUAUUCAGUAAAUAUUAACCACCCCUUUAGAAUCUUUUUCGCAGGUCUAGGAACUUCACUCCGUUCUUCCAAAACAACUACCACCUCUCCAACUCUUUGGGCGCAAGCAGCAGAAGAAGCAUUAAAAACAUUAUAUAAAUAUACACGUGCACGUCCACCUUCACGUACUUUAGUAGAUCCAUUAGAAACGUUUAUAACAUCUCUUUCCACUUCUUCACUCUCCAAAGCGGCCGAAGCUGCUCUUGAAUCUGCUGAAAAAACAAAAGAAUUAGUGGCAAAAGCUGGUAGAGGCGCUUAUGUUAAUCAAGAAGAAUUGAAAAAGAGGAUGGUACCUGAUCCUGGAGCUUGGGGAGUUUGGAGGAUCGUUGAUGGUUUGAGAGGUUAUCAAGUUUGA